GGAAACUAAUACUUCGAGCUUCAUUAGCUUCCACCCUGAUGUCAAGACCACCCGUAUUUCCUGAACAAACAGCAUCUGGCAUUGCCGUCGACCCGCGCACCCUCGAGCGCGUCGUACCAGAGACUCGACGUCCAGAUGGAUCUGUUAGAAAACAGCUAAAGAUCCGCCCAGGUUUUACCCCUCAGGAGGACGUCUCACGAUUUCGGGGGACACGCCAGAAAGCGAUGGACGCAACAGCCCUCCCUAAGGGCCACAUCCUCGGGUGGGUUGCCCCCUCUUCCGAGCCCCAGCAAAAGGCGAAGCCUGGUGCAAGUGCACCCCCUCCAAACAAGAAUGCCAAACGACGUGCGAAGCAGCGAGCUAAAAAGGCUUCCGAGACGACUGAAGCCGUGAAGAGCAACUGGGACGAUGAAGACGAGGAGGGGGAGGGGUCUGCUGAUGCUGGCCAACAAACCACGGGCCAGAAAGAAGUCACGUCCGGAGAAGAGGCUGAUGGUCGCAAUGAGUCAGGACCUGCACGAGACGACGCUGACUUGGCGGACAAACUCUCAAAGCUGGAUGUGAAGUGAUCACACACGGUCUGGGUUUGUGUUU